CCUAAAUAACUGGCAAUACUCCAUUGGCAACAACCGUAUAUUCUAUUAAAAUCACUCUUUAUAUUAACUUUCUGUUUUCCACUGAAAUUCUUGAGUGUUAACUCUUUCCGACAGUUUCCUGGUUUAUCCCUCUGGUGAUUCAAACAUGGAUACUGAAUCAGUGAUUGAGUUCUUGGGUGACGUGCCAUUGUUACAGAGGCUGCCCAGUUCUUCCCUCAGAAAAAUUGCCCAACUCGUCAAGGUUAAACAUUAUGAUCGUGGAGAUUAUGUUAUCCGCGAAGGGGAAGCUGGGGAGGGAGUUUACUUCAUAUGGGAUGGAGAGGCUGAAGUCCGGGGUUUCAGCCAGGCUGAUGAUGAAAAUCGUCCUGAAUUCCAGCUGAAAAAACUUGAUUAUUUUGGUCAUGAUGUUAUGGCAGGUUUGGCGACAUCUAGACAGCAAGCUGAGGUGAUCGCAUUGUCUAAGCUGACAUGCUUUGUGCUGCCUCAUGAGCAUAAUAAUCUGCUCCAGCCCAAAUCAAUCUGGAACGCAGACAAAGAAAGAGAUAAGUGCCCACUUGUGGAGCACAUAUUGCACUUGGAUUCUAUAGAAGUGAACAUUUUCCAAGGUAUAACUUUGCCAGAUGCCCCCAAAUUUGGGAAAGUGUUUGGAGGCCAGUUUCUUGGGCAGGCAUUGGCUGCAGCAUCAAAAACUGUUGAUUUUCUCAAAAUUGUUCAUAGUUUGCAUGCCUAUUUCCUUCUCGUUGGGGAUUUUGACAUUCCAAUCAUAUAUCAAGUUUACCGUGUACGUGAUGGAAAGAGCUUUGCUACACGGAGGGUGGAUGCGAUUCAGAAAGGGAAUGUCAUAUUCACAUUGCUAGCUUCAUUUCAGAAAGAUGAAGAUGGAUUUGAUCACCAGCAAGCACAAAUGCCUGAUGUGCCCGAUCCAGAAACGCUUUUAUCAAUGGAAGAUUUGAGAGAAAUGCGCAAGACUGAUCCUCGACUUCCCAGGACAUACCGCAAUAAGGUUGCUACUGCAAAUUUUGUACCCUGGCCAAUAGAAAUAAGGUUUUGUGAACCUAAUAAUGCCACUAAUCAGACCAAGUCUCCUCCAAGUUUGAGAUAUUGGUUCAGAGCAAAAGGAAAACUUUCAGAUGACCAAGCAUUACAUAGAUGUGUUGCAGCAUUUGCAUCGGAUCUAAUCUUUCUUACUGUCAGUCUGAAUCCUCAUCGGAAGAAGGAUUUCAAGACAAGUUCUGUUAGUCUGGAUCAUUCGAUGUGGUUCCACAGACCUUUUAGAGCUGAUGAUUGGAUAUUGUUUGUGAUCACCAGUCCUGCUGCUUAUAAUGCACGUGGCUUUGUGUCGGGCGAAAUGUUUAAUAGGAAGGGAGAGCUUGUAGUGUCAUUGACGCAAGAGGGCUUAUUGAGACCGUUCAGAAAACCACCUUCUGUCCGACCAAAGCUCUAGUUCAUACCAAGUUGAAUGAGAAAAGAGGAUAAGUUACUAUAGGUUGAUUAACAAUUAAGCUGCAGAACUGCUCAAAUAAGUCCGACAGAGGUUGCGAUUGAAGACAACUGCUGGAGUUGUGGACGAGUCCAGACAUGAGACAUGGCUGUAUCUAUAUGUUACUAUACAAAACCAUCCACCAUGUCUCUAUACCUCUCACCUCACCUUUAUAUAUUACUGAACCCGCCAAAAGAGGCAUUCAUAUUGAACAACCAACGAUUAUUAAAGUUGCAGUAAUUUAUUGUUUUUUUAUAAGUCUCAUAGAAGAAACUCUCGAUGUAUCUCAGGGUAUAUACUCUUCUGCAUUCACCAUUAGAAAUAAAAGUGUGCAAAUAAUGCUUUGGUUUCAAAGAGCUUAGUUCAUGCCAUUGGUUAAA